AUGUCUGAGACCUCUUCCAGCAAGGAGAGCUCCCCAGCCGAGUGCCCCGUGUGCUAUGAGAAGUUCCAGGCGCUGGAGGCCGCGCAACGCAGGCUGAGCUGCGGGCACACCUUCUGCCACGACUGCCUGGUGAAGUGCCUGCUCUGCGCCAAGCUCGACGGCCAGCUCCAGAGCAGCAUCAUCUGCCCCGUCUGCCGCUACGUCACCUUCCUCAGCAAGAAGAAGGCUCUGUGGCCACCCAAAGCAGGCACCAGCCCCCAGACGCUGGAGAUGCCUCUGUCACCUUCCUGCUUGUCCCAUCUGACCAAAACAGAGGCCAGCAACACCUUGGUGGUGCCCAGUCAUUUUGUGAAGCCAGUGCAGAGCUUUGACCGGUGCAGCAGCACAGGGAACAGUGCCCUGGAUGUGCAGGGGGUCCCGGGAGAGCUGGCGCGGGAAGCCCACAUCUUUGUCAUCAGCAACCAUGGGAUGCCACUGGUGGAUGCAGACUGUGGCUCCCUGGGGAGGAGGAGCAGGGUGGAAACGUGGAGCUCGGUGUCAUCCAGCUCGGCCCUGGGGGUGAAAUGCUGCCAGUCUCCCAUCGCCCUCGCCGUCCUCCUCAUCCUCACCGUGGCCAUGCUGGCAGCUGUGCUCCCCUGGCUGCUGCUGGUGAAGAGGGACUCGUAGUGGGGAUGGGAUCAGCCUGGAGACUAGAGGGGUGUCACUGAUGCUGGGACAGAGCUAGGACUGGAACCUGCCCCAAAAGAUCCCUGGAGAAAGCCCAGAAGCAGCUUUAGGUGAAGCUCUCUCGUCUGGCCAGGGACUGAAUGGACCUGCAGACAUUUCUGUGGAUCUUCGGGCGCUCACAGUGUCACUGCUGGUGUUUUAUGCCUCUUUUGGUUAAAAUACGGCAGGUCAAACCCUGCUAGUGCCUUCCUCCAGCGUCAGAGGAGGUCAUGGCUCAUCCUGCACCCUGUGACAGCAUCUGCAGGGAGUGGGGGGGCUUGCCGGUCCCUCCCCUCCAUCCCAGCUGCUGGCGGGCUGUGACCAUGGCAUCCAAGCACCCAGAACCCAAGGACAGCAGCAGAUCAGGGCUGCCAGGCUGUGGGGCUUUUGGAGGUGCCCAGGCCCCCCAGGCUCUUGGGAUCAUCGGGUACAUGAUGCAGCCACCCUGGAGCAGAAACUCAUGGAUGUGAAGCUCUAUUGGAGCCUCUGGCUACUGGGCAACAAGGACAGUGAAACCAAAGGAUGGAGAGAGUGAUCCUGACCCCGUGUACUCACCGUCCCCUCCGCCAGCCAGUGCUCACCUCCAUGGGAAUGGGAAGGGAUGCCAGCUCAUCCCACAGGCAGUCCCAACCUUGCCCUCCCUCGUAUCCCUCCCUUAGCUCCCCAGGAUCCUG